AUAAAUUAUAGUCAUAAAGGAUUUCCCUGUGACAGUCAAAACAUCUAAUAUUACUGACUUGUAGAUUUUUUUUUUAAUCGUAUGAAGAAUUUUAUGAUAGCCUCUUUCCUUUUCACAGUUUAUUAUAUGACUGAGAACUAAUCAGUGCAGCUAUAAGAAUUUAGUGAUUUCAGCUUUUUCUGCUAUGCAGAAAGACUGAAAUGGAGUUCAUAUGUUAUACUUCUUAUAAAGAUGAAAGCAACAUGUGAAAAGUCCUGCUUGGUUUGAUUAUGAUACCUUUCAUGCCUUUGGGAUUUAAAAAUUUGCAGAACCAAAGCAAAACUCCAAUGUUAAACAAUAUAUAUGUGGAUGGAUAGUUCAUUUAACAAAUAUUUUGAUAAUAUGUUUAGCAGUAGUAGGGAAGGUUCUGCUGCAGCACUAGUAUCAAUUCUUGUGCUGUUAAGUCUUUGAGGUGCAGGUUAAUUAGGACUGAUGUUCAUUUGCUUGCACUAGCUUUGACAGAAGGGGGAGGACAGUUUUAAAUCUUAUUUUUUCAUAGUGGAAUGUUUUUCUUGGGUUCUUCACUUCUUUAUGUCUUGAACCUGCAGCUAAUAGAGGGGUGCAAAGUGGGUCAUUCACUGAGGUUUGUUGUCAUGAUAUUGUGAUGUUCAUAACAUAGCAUGCAUAAAGAAGACUACAUUUAUUUUUUUUCCCCAAAAGACCAUUGUAUACUACCUAUAUCCUAUUUCACCAGGAAUCAUAAAAUCAAAUGCAACUUCAUUAACAGUUAGGAUAAAAGGUACACAGCAGUUUAUAUUACUGUGAACAGGAGAGUGUAAUGUUUCAUCCUUUAUUUAUUUUUUUGACAUGACGAACACAACGAGGCCUGUUGUUAAGAAAUCUGUAAUAGAGAAGGAAGGUGUCCACUGAAUAUUAAACAAGCAUAUCUAGCAAGUUGGUGUUUGUAUUUUAUUUCUGCAUGAACAGUGUGUGCACCCUAUGUCGGACAGAUUUUGAGAUAAACAACUAUUUUAAAUAAUAAAACAAGAAGCUAUAGUUUGUGCACCUUGUCAAUGACAGUAGCUCUACACAAACUGUACAUAACUGAGAAAAGCUUGAAAUCACAAUAGUCUAAACUGCAGGGCCAAAGUACUAGAGUUAAAUGCACUUGAAAACUUGAGUUUCUAAAAGAAAGAUUUCUUCAUAUUCUCAAGAUUACACAAUAUCUUCCCAGUAUUCUCCUAAUUGUCUCUGGAGUCGUUACCGUUAAAACUGAAAUCUGCUAAAGUGAUCGCCAUUUAAUGCCGGAACGCAGCAAGUCUUCGCAUUGUUCUUCGUUCUACAUUGCUGUUUCUACUUUGUUAACUUGUUCUACAUCUUUAUCACUAUUUUGUGAUCUUGUUCAGAGCAGUGAGUCCGCCUUCAGUUUAGAUGUUGUGCAUUAUAAAUUCAAUUAUUAUUAGUAAUGGUAUGUGUGUUUAUUUAAGUACUUUUGCUUGUUCUAGGAUAUCCAAUCAGUCUCAUCUGACAAAGGAAUUAUUACAGUUGCGCACAACUUUGCACCACACAUGGCUUCAACAGAGAGAUCAGGAAUAACAAAUUUUCAAAUUCUCGACACUCAGCUUUAUGCAGAUUCUGUAGAGUGGUGCCCUUUUGAUGGUCUGCAAAAUAUUCUUCUGUGUGGAACUUACCAACUUUUAGAACAAACAUCAAAUGAGAGUGACAGCAUAAAAAAUGAGGCCCAAGUUAGAGUUGGUCAGCUGCAAAUGUACUACCUCCAGCAACCUUCACAAGAAGAUGAGGACAAAUUACCCUCUCUGUCUGUGUCAUGCUGUGUUGACACGUCUGGUAUUCUGGAUGUCAAGUGGGCACGAAAUUUCAGUAGCUCUGUGCCACUGUUUGGACUUGUUAAUGCUUCAGGAGAAUGUCAGCUGUGGAAAGUCAGUGACAGAGACGAAAACACAGUGACAACACAGAAUGAAGCAUCAAAUCAUUUGGCUGAUACUUUGAAGGACAGCGAUUGCUUAAGAAAAAUGCUUUUGCCUUUGAAGACAGAAAAGAUUGGGGACUGCUUAGCACUUUCCCUGGACUGGACAGGACCAUUAGAGAGCAGUUCACCAAAAAUAGUGGUGUCAGAUUCAUCAGGAAGUCUUUCAGUGUUGGAAGCAGGAAAUGAUUUUAGGAUGACAUCUCACUGGCAUGCCCAUGACUAUGAAGCUUGGAUCUGUGCAUUUGAUAUGUGGAAUCCAGAAAUUGUGUACUCAGGAAGUGAUGACUGUAAAAUGAAAGUCUGGGACCUAAGAGCAGGAAGCCAACCUGUUAAAACUAACUCUGGCUUUGACAUGGGAGUAUGCAGUAUACAAAGUAAUCCUCUCAGAGAAUCACUUCUUGCUGUUGGAAGUUAUGAUGAAAACCUGAGGAUAUUUGAUAGAAGAAAUAUGAAGCAACCAUUAUCAGUGUCAUCACUUGGUGGCGGGGUGUGGAGAGUGAAAUGGGAGCCAUUUCAAGCCAACAGAAUUUUAACUGCCUCAAUGCAUAAUGGGUUUCAUAUCCUUGAUUGUUCUUUGCCUGAUUCAGAACCCCUUCCAGUCCUUGCUCACUAUACAGAACAUAGCUCUUUGGCCUAUGGAGCUGAUUGGAGCAGACUAUUUGCUGGAUCCAGGACUACAAGAAAAGAAAAUGAUAGAGCACUUUCAAAUGCUGAAAACGAAAUAUUUGCUACAGAAUGUUACUUGAUCUCUACCUGUUCAUUUUAUGACCAUUCUUUGCACCUCUGGCAGUGGACACUUUAGUUAGUAUUCUUAUUAUACAAUCUUGAUCACUUGCUUUGUUCAUUUGUGUGCAUUUCUGUGUGUGUAAGGCAGCAUUUUGCUGAGGUAAAGCAAUAUCCCCAAACAUCUGACAAUAUGUGGAGAAAACAAAAUUAAAAAAAAAACUUUUAUCAUGUGUCAGUCUUAAAAAAAAGUUAUAUUUGAACUCUGCCAAAAGAGAAGUAUUUCAAAACGCAAAGGAAAAAACCCGUGAGUCCAGUAGUUUCUACAGUUAGAUGGAGCAUUGGAUAUGAGUGAUGCUCAAAUCGUAUACUUAGUAUCAAUUAAAGUUUAAAAGAUGUUCUCA